AUGGGAUACCUUGCACUCAAAUAUCUAUACUCUUAUUCCAUUGUCCUCUUCUUUAUCGUACUGUUUAUCCUUUUCAUAACAGGACAGAUAGAUCCUGUUUCAAUACUGUCGUCUACCAGUCCUUACUCAUGGGCAUUGCUUGGUAUAGCGUUCUGUAUAGGAUUUAGUGUUGUAGGUGCGGCAUGGGGAAUUUUUAUCACCGGUUCGAGCAUUCUUGGCGGAGCCGUCAAAGCUCCCAGAAUCAAAACCAAGAAUCUUAUAAGUAUUAUCUUCUGUGAGGUAGUUGCCAUCUACGGCGUCAUCAUGGCAAUUGUAUUUUCGGCAAAGUUACAGAACGUAUCUGGACCGGAUUUAUAUUCUCGCUCAAAUUAUUAUACAGGAUAUUCCAUUUUUUGGGGAGGCCUAACGGUGGGAUUUUGUAAUUUAUUCUGUGGAAUAGCCGUAGGAAUUACCGGAAGUACGGCUGCCUUAGCCGAUGCACAAGAUGCAACAUUAUUUGUUAAAAUCCUUGUGGUUGAAAUUUUUGGAAGUGUGCUUGGUUUAUUUGGUUUGAUCAUUGGACUACUUGUUACCGGAAAGGCUGGAGAAUUUGCAUGA